UAUUAAAGUGGCUUGCUAUAAUCAUAAUGAACUAAUGAUCAUGGCUAUUUUUCCAAAAAGAAAAUGAACUAAUGGUCCAUAAAAAAAGAUGUUAAACGACGUCGUAGCAAUAAGCUAUAAUAAACUAAAACAUUAAACCUGGCAUCUUCCACUAGCAACCCCCGUUUCGCGCGCUCACGACUAGGGAUUAGCGUUUGUCUACUGACGGCAACGAGAACUGAAGAACACUAGAAGGAUAGCAAAUCCGUAAGAAGUGAUGUUCUAUCUAAGCGAAAUAGAACACACUUUGCGUUUACCUCCUUCCCUUCUUAGCCUGCCUCUUCAAGAUGCUGUUAAGAAAGAGCUUGAGAUUAUCUUUUUAGAUAAGGUUAUUGCAAAUUUGGGGCUAUGCAUUUCAGUGUAUGACGUCACACAUAUUGAUGGUGGCUUUAUAUUUCCUGGAGAUGGUGCGUCUACAUAUACGUGUCACUCGGAUUUUUUGAUGAUAUAUACAUACCAUCCCAUCGUUUGCCAAAGCCAUCUUAUUCCCAGCAGGAUCCUGAGAAUAGGUAAGACUAAUAUCGUUUUGCCAAGCUUCCCUAUUUCCGCUUCUGGUACAACCUUACUUGUCAUUGUCAUUGUAAUCAUUUACUUCAUAGGUGUUUCAGUACAAAUUCUUUUUAAGAAAACUCUAGAAAAUUUCAGAUAUCAGGCUAUUUGGAUUUGGGAAUUUGUUUCGGAAGACAAUAAAAUGGAGUUCAAUAUUGAUGGCUUAGAUGAGAUCAAGUUUCGUGUUGACAGCGUAAAGUAUCCUCCAGUUCCACUUGAGCAACAAGAAAAGCCGUUUGCUCCUAUGGUGAUAACAGGAUCUAUUGAUGAUGAAGGUUUAGGCCCUGUUUCAUGGUGGUGAUGCAGGAAAAAUUUGGAAAUUGUAGCUUAUCUUAUCUUUUCUUUGGAUUCAGGUGGUUGGGGUGGAACAUUCAUGCAAUGGUUAAUCAACCCUGUAAAAAGAGUUAUAAUUUAAAAGCUUGGAGAGAAAUUUCUUCUUUUUCAUUGUAGAGGUUAAGAUUCUUUUUUCUUUUAUUAAUUUCCUAUCCUUUAUGUCAAACCAGAAACUCUCAUUUUUCAUUGUUUUUUUUAAAAAAUAAAAUAAAAAGAGUCUCUGGUUCGUUUGUUA